UUAAAAUUAAAAUUGGGGUUGACAAGCCAGCAUGCUCAAGUCGGUUGUCAUCAUGGGCGUGUGAAUUCUGCUGUGGCUAUGCCCAAUUAUUUUUUUGGAGUUUCCUCAGCGUUGAAGAAUGCCCCACAAACGGCCGAAAAGGUCUCAAAGGGAGCUGGAAAGAAAGAAAAGGGGCACGGACUUGCCGCCACGCAAUGACGUGAACGACAUACCUAAGCGUGCCGCGUGGAUCUUUGGAGCCGAGAAAAUGAUGCAAGAGCGUCGAGAAAGGCAAAAAAGGGGACGAGAGGCUGAGGAAUCUAUGAAGAGUAAACGUCGGAAGGAAGAAGACACUUCGAAUGAGCUCAAAAUCCGGCCUGGAGAGUCCUUAGAAUCGUUUGACCGACGGGUAGAAGAUUCGUUUAGGAGCGGUGAUUUUCAGGCUGUGCGUAAAGCCAAAAGGACAGAGAUAAAAACGAAAAAAGAAGUUUCCAAAAAAUCCAAGAACUCGAACUCUAAACUUGAGUCAACGACAUCGACCCCACCUUCAAAUCCCCAAAUCACCCUUCCCUCACAAACACCUCGAAAAACUGAAUUUGAUACUCUGCCGAAAUUCACGCGACUAAACGAUGUCGUCUUGGCUCCACCAACUUUGAAGCCAGCUACUCGAAAAGCCCCCCAGCGGGACAAUAUUGCAAAGGACGUCCUUUCACUCAAGGAUAAGCAAGACAUAGAAGAGGAGCGAGAAAGAGUAAUACGGCGGUAUCGUGAAUUAAAAGAAGAAAAGCGAGCUGAGGCUCAAAGUAAAAGUGUCCUUGCGGAGCCGCAGAAACAGCCACAUUCCGAUGAUUCAUGAUUCAGGGGCGGUGUCUUUAGAAUCUCUUCCGUUCGUAUGCAUUCUGUACUACCUAUGACAUUACAAUACCUAGUUUACAUUUGUGUUUUAUUUGUCUCUAAAAUUCUGUAAUGCUCAUGGCAUUCAGCCGAGGACUCA